AUGGCCAAGUCCAAGGCAGCCAAGCGCAAGCGCAAUGCGCAAAUUGACCUUCCUCAGAAACAAGCAAAGCCCUCGUCCACAUUGACCCCACCUCCCGAUGGCACCAAUCUCGAGCCGAAGCACCUUAACACCAUUGUUUCCGACGAAGAACUCGACAUCACGGUCGAGACGCUCACGGCUCUCGCACAAUACCCCGGCUUGACUAAGUCGAAGGCAUGCAAGGAUCUUCGAGUGGCGGUUUACGAUUUCCGCCAGGCCUGUACUACGGGCGUCAACAAUGCUGAGGGUGCUAAUCUGACGGCGCGAAUUACCGGUGCAUUGGCUGAUGGAAAAUACUUGGAGGCUAAGAUCUUACUUGCUGAGAUGAGGAUCAGAGGCGAACAACCCAAGAUUGGGGCGUUAUGUCGUUGGGUUCGAGAUUUGGACGUGGUCAGUGGCCUCUCGACGCAGCCGGGAGAGACCGACCGUGUCGUCGAGCGUAGCGCAAAAGAUCUUGAACUCCUCGGUGUUCUAGAUGCAAUUCUGCGUGUUAGCACUCCGAUUGAUACCAACCCGAAAGCCGCCUUUUCCACUUCUCCAAUUGCUUUCCAGUCUAUCUGGGACCUGCGACCCUCAACAGAAGAACCUCUCGAGGUCUACGCUUCCGUACUCGACAAGACGAUCUUGGCCGAGGCACCUACAUCUGCCUCUGCUAUCCGCGUUAUUGAAACUACACCCGGUCCGCUCCGCAAGCCUCCAAACCACCAUGCCGCUAUUCUCUACACCACUGCACCCAACGCUGUCCCAUUGGCUCCUGUCGGACCGACCAUCACAUACCAUCCACACCCCGCUGUGCCGGGUCUCGGUGUGGCCAUGAACGUUCUCUCACCCUCAGAGUGCAAGGCUAUCAUCGCUGCGGGUGAAUCUGUGAACUUCUUGCCUGACGCGCCGCUCCGCGAGGAUGGUGACAUGAGCAUUCUGGCUCAUAACUUCUAUUGGGUUGUCGACACUGCUUUCCACGACCUCCUCUGGGCACGUAUUUCUCCUUAUGUGCCGGCCUCGAUCGGUGGCCGUUUGGUCCGAGGUAUCAACCGGCGCUUCCGUGUGUAUAGAUACGUCCCGGGUGCAGAGUACCGCUGCCAUAUCGAUGGAGCGUGGCCACCAUCAGGCAUCCUCCCCGACGACACAUAUGUAUACGACGCCUCACCUGAAGACAAGAAGCAGAGCUCCAUGUAUACCUUCUUACUCUACCUCAAUGACGAGUUUGAGGGUGGAGAGACAACCUUCUUUAUGCCCGCGGCGCGGGAGGGAACUCUUAAUGCCUACCCCGUGCGGCCCGUGAUGGGAUCCGUUGCUAUUUUCCCACACGGAGAGGCCAACGGGGCCUUGUUGCACGAAGGCACGGGAGUUAGAAAGGGUGCAAAAUACAUUAUCCGUACCGACGUCGAGUACGACGUCAAGCCCUCUGAGGAGUAA